AUGUCUUUUAGAACAGUCGAAGAAUCUGUAGCCGCUUAUGAGAGCGCACCGCCACAGCAGGGUUACCGAGACCCUGGUUCGAACCUCGCGCAACCACCGAUAUGUGGUGAUCAGGUAUCGCAUUUCUUUGAAAAUGAUCUGAACAAUGCAAAUAACUUAUCAUACAAUAAUUUUCACGACAAUGACCUCGAUGAUUUGACCAUCUGUCCCAAUGGCGAACGCCCAAUUUACAAUCUCGAGUUCGAUUAUGAUUUGUUUGCAUGUCAAAAUGGGGUGGACGAACUUGCAUCCAAACCCACAGCGGGGUCCUUCGAUAACCAAAGUCCCUUGCAAUGUCAGAUCACACCUCAAAGAUUGGGUAGCUCUCAGCCGGCUAAUGAAUCAUCGAUCGCUGAAGUAAGAGACCGCUCUUUUGAUCUUCCUGGACAAGCGGAAUAUACUCAAUCUGAAAUGCCAGAGCCGGCCCAAACGCCGAUAAAUUCGCAACAUAUACAAACAUUAUCGAAAGAUGGAACAAUCCCUGAAUCGGAUCUUGAGCAUCAUGGCCUUGAAACACACGAGAGCAACUUGGAGGGGUCCUUAGAAGUCCACAGGCAGAUACUUCCACUUCGACGAUCGAGUAGGAAUAAGGGGAGUUGUUCAACGGGAGGGGCUGGGACCGUUGCAUUCCCUCAUCAAACAACAAAUGAUCUAGAAUCAAUGGUCCAAUGUUCCAGUCAACGCCUAGCUGAUUGCCCCGCGAGUCGCAAUUCCUCGAUUUCUGCUGGUGUCGAAUUUACCAGUAACAAUUUCCGGAGUAAGCUAUUCGACAGAGUAUGCGAGACAACAUCAGAGUUUGAGGAUAAGCCCCUGAACCCAUCGUUCGUCGCCUCAGAAAUCAGAAAUGCUAUACAGGAUUUCUAUCGCGAUGCUGGCUUCAGAAGGGAGACUACGAAAACGGAAAGCUUGGUUGGAGCAUCUAUACUGGAGAUUGUUCGAGACGAAGAUAUACCUUGGAAGAAUAUGAAGUCUAUGAAGAUUGCGGAAUCAGUCUGUAAGAUUUACUCCGAAGCAGGAUACGAUCAGCCUAUACCGCAGAAUGUUUCUUCUAGACGACACAACAAAAGAACCGCAAUCUCUGAUUCGACAUCACGAACAAACAGAAACCCCUCAGUCAUUUCACGUUCAUCUAAGCGUCCUAGCGAUUAUGAAGGUUCCACGAGUGUCACUUCCUCUCUCAGUAAGCGGCUCAAAGUCUCCUCGGACGAAUACAAUUGUUAUUACGACAAUUGUAAUGCAAGCGUGGGGCUCAAAGGGAUUGGACCCCAUAGCAAAAUCCACAAUCCUUAUGAAUUUUUCGCUUGCAUUGUGCCUGGUUGCCCAAAAAUAUUCCCGAGAAAGGAUACUUUGGACAGUCACCUGAAGACCAAAUCUCAUGAAGGCUACUUCAAAGGUCUAUCGGAGGCUGAAUACAACAGUAGAUCAGAACGGAUCAAGGAGAAUACUUUCAUAAUCACAGAUAGAACCCACGACCACUGCACUUUCUGUGAAAAAAAGCUUCCUCGAGGUUCUUGGAAGAAAUGCGAGGAGAGCCACAAGCACAUCUUAACCCAUUUGAGAAAAUCUACCCCCUUGGUCUUCCAGCACUUAUGUUCGGACAAAGAUAAGUGUGGAACAAAGGAACAUUGGAAGACUAGCACCUGCAUCCAGCCAGAGAAUCGAAAGCGGGUUCCGGAUGUUAGCACAAACCCACAAGAGAGACCUAAUACAAAUCGUUAUACCCAAGGACCUAGCACUCAAGACUAUUAUGGUAGCAACGAGAGCUUCAGUGGUGGUGGUUAUCCAGGUAACCGGAGCCCGUCUGAAUAUAUAAGUCCAUAUCACCACAUGCAGCCUUCAAGGCUUCGACCUAUGCUUGAUGCAUUGGACCAUCCUUCAGAUACAGAGUCGGAUGUCGCAAUGUCGAGAUUUCGCGCCGAGGAUCCAGAUUCCGAGCAUCAUAACAACUACACAGUUCGGGAUCCAUCACACGAACCUUUGCGGUAUGGAAUGUUGGAGUCUUCAGUAAAUUUAUAUGCAACAAUCGUGGAGCAACGAGACGACGAUACGACGAUCUAA